GAAAAUGCAUUAGAUUAAAAAAAAGCCUGAAGUCAUCGCAUCCUAUUUUAUAAUUGUCAAAUAAUUUUACGUAUAAUAUCUUAUUUAUUUACAUUAUGUAAUACGUAAAAUUUUUGAUAUCACACAAGUCUAAAUAUCAAUAAACUGUUAGAAAAAAUACACAAUAUAACAAACCAAUCAUGGAUGAAGCAUUUGAGAAGAUGAAGAAAGAGGGGAAGAAUGACGUGGACAGUCUGGUGAAGUGGAUGAAGGAUUGUAAGAAUUCAUUUUACUGGUUAUUUCUCGCGGCUCCUCUCGAAUUUCUCACGGGAGCAGUUAUUUUUCCGGGAGCAAAAAUAAUCGACGGGGUGAAGGUCACAGAGCAAAAGGUCAAAGAUUUGUUCAAAGACGCGGCAAAUAAGAACAGUAUUGAGCUUGAGAAAUUCAAACCUGUUUUAACGAAGGUCGCCCAGGAACAGAACAAAACUUUGGACGAAUUCAGCAAAUCUCUGGCGGACUUAAAAAACAAGGGGGAAAAGGUGUUGGGCGCGGCCAGCGCUGCCGCCACGGCUUUCAAAGAAGCCAUGAAGAAAUAAACGUAGGAAAAUUUAUGGUUAACAUGCGAAACUAGUUGAAGACACAAAAGCAAAUGACGAAAAACUUCGCGCUCUUUUCGAAAACGAGGCUAACAAACAGGCUGUGGAGCUGGAGAGCUUCAGGAAAGCGGUUAACAAACUCGCAGAGGAGCAGAAAAAAACCGUC